GGCGAGAUCUAUGAAAAGAUCAUUCAAGAGGUCAUCAACGCUUCGCAGAAUGACUUUGAAGAGAAUGGUGUUCAGCAGCAGACCUUGGUAGAACUGCAACAGUCAUGGCAGCACAAGAUGUCGCAGCGCGAUGUCGCGCAAAUGCCUUGGGAUCCCAAGCCGGCCCCACCGCCGCCCCAACAACCUGCUCAACAGCAGCAAGCACAACAACCUGCCCCAGCACCCAUACCUGUGCAGAAUGGAGCUCCAGUCCAGCACCAAGUCCCUCAGAAUGGACAUGCGCAGCCCAAAGCUGAUCCAAAUUCGGCUUCCCAGCCAAUGCACAGCUACCCUGCUGCUCAGCAACCAUAUCCUCAGCAGGUCAACAAUCAGAUGAUGGCACAGCAACGUGCUGCAUCCUUGCUUCAGCAGCAGUUCGGUCAACAAGCCAACGCGUCACUCAAUGCAAUGCAACAGAGGGGUAUCGCCCUCCCUGGAGGCGUUCAAAACGCCCACCCGCAACAACAGCCACAACAACAACAGCAGCAACAAAGACCACAGGGCUUGCAGUUGCCCGCACAGGCUGGACAAGCUACUGCACAGCCAGCACAGGCCCAACAGCAACGCCAGAUGCAAGCUCAGUAUGCUCAGCAAAUGCGCCAACAGACGGCUCACCAGCAACCUCAAGUCAAGCCCGAAGGCAAUGGCCAAUAUCCUCAGCAACCUGGCGUCAACUACUCGCAGACAGAUGGAUCAGACGAAGCCGCGCUUGAUGAGUGGAACAGAUACAUAACCGAGAGACGCAGAAUCAGCUCGGCUCAAGUGGAUGAGAACGAUCGUAUGAUGAGACGUCAAAUCGAAGAUCUGCAGCACAGGCUUGAAAACGGACUGUUGCUUCCUCUGGACGACCANAAAGAACACAGCCGUUACAGAAAGCGUGUAACUGCACGUAGAGCCCGCGCAAACACUGGCUCGCGCUUGGCUAGCAUUCCCCAACUGGACGGUGACGUGGAUGACGAGGACGAGGAUGCUAUCAACUCGGACCUUGAUUCGUCGAGCGAUGAAGCCGGCAACAACGCUGAUGAGGAAGACGAGGAGAUUGACCAUGUCCUUUGCACGUACGACAAGGUGCAGCGUGUCAAGAACAAGUGGAAGUGCACUCUCAAGGAUGGUAUCAUGUCGGCCAAUGGCAAGGGAGCUCAAGGAGAGUUUGAGUGGUAA